GGUUCCAUGUUACAGGUUUGUUUCCACUUUGUUGUGACGAUAGCCUUAAACGCCAUGCACCGCAUGAGAAGGUAAAUUCUGAUACAGAGACCUUUGUUUUGCCGGGUCUCCCCGACGACAACAUCAAAUUUUCGAAGCGUCAGCUCCCAUUCUGGUAUACAGCCAAAGCUGAUUUGGAACAUCUUCAGGACAACAUGCAAGAGGCCGAGUCAAAGACCUAUGGGGUUUUAGUCAACAGCUUUUACGACUUGGAGCCAGCUUAUGCCAAGUAUUUCAAGAAUGAAGUGGGCAAAAAGUUAUGGCUCGCAGGACCUGUGUGUCUCUUUAACAAAGAAAAUGAACAAAAGACCGAGAGGGGCGAAAAGAAUUCCAUUGAUGGAGGUACAGUUUUGAACUGGCUCAACUCUAAAGAACCCAAGUCAGUACUUUAUGUUAGUUUCGGGAGCCAAGUUCGUAUGGCUCCCGAACAAUUCCUCGAGAUUGCUCACGGUCUCGAGAUUUCUGGCUGCCCGUUCAUUUGGGUGGCCAGAGAUAUGUUAGAAUAUGGGGAUGAUGAAAAAAAUAACGAAGGGAGAGAGGGUCGCGGAGGUAAGAAGCUUCCGGAUGGAUUUGAGGAGAGGAUGAUGAAGUCCGGGAAAGGUUUGAUUGUAAGGAGUUGGGCUCCACAAUUGCUAAUCUUAGAACAUCAAGCCAUUGGAGGGUUUUUGACUCAUUGUGGAUGGAACUCGGCCAUCGAGGGGAUAGGAGCGGGUGUUCCAAUGAUCACAUGGCCAAUCACAGCAGAGCAUUUCUUCAUUGAAAGCCUUGUCACAGAUGUGUUGAAAACUGGGAUUCGAGUGGGGAACGAGGAGUGGAUGUGGUUGUUUUGGGAACCAAAGGUGACAGUGGCAAGAGAUAAAGUGGAGGAGGCGGUAAAAUGGCUAAUGGGUGGUGGUGGUGGUGAUGAAGCGGAGAAGAUGAGAAUCCGAGCAAAAGAGUUUGGAGAGAAGGCCAAGAAAGCUGUAGACUAUGGUGGCUCAUCUCAUGCCGAUGUCAUUGCUUUGAUCAAUGACCUUAAAUCUCGUCGGAGUGCUUGAUUCUUGACUCAUCACUCAUCACCGCCGUUAUAACUAUUGUAAGCCCCUUGUUAUGUGUGACCUUAGUAGAUGUAUGAUUCAAUUCUUGAAUGGUGAGCCUACAUUCAAAAUAAAUCUCAACCUUCCAUUGAAUA